AUGAUUGAACAACCUAGUGACACUUGCCGCUACGACCCCAAGAACAAGGGAGCCACCGACAAUGGAUUUGUUGACAUCACCUCAGGCAGUGAGAAGGCUCUGCAGAAGGCUGUGGCUACGGUUGGGCCGAUCUCAGUCGCCAUUCUGGCUAAACACACUUCCUUUAAACACUACAAGAGUGGAGUGUACAAGGAUCCCGACUGUUCUUUAAUAGUUUUGGACCACGGAGUUCUGGCUGUUGGCUACGGCUCAGCCAAGAAGGGCGGCGCCUACUGGCUGGUGAAGAACUCCUGGGGAAGUAACUGGGGCAUGAACGGCUACGUCAUGAUGGCCAGGAACUUCCACAACAUGUGCGGUAUCGCCACAAUGGCCAGCUAUCCUAAAGUUUAA